AUCCCACAGAGCAAUCAGCAAAUUCCGCUGCCAUUAACAAGGCAACUAAUAGAGAUAUGAUUUUGCAAAGGAACUAAUGAUGCUAGUGAAAAGAAUUAAUUAUAUUAAAAAAUCAAAACCGAUUUUCUUAGUUUACAACAGUAACAGAACGUCGAAUUGAUCAAUAUUUAAGCAAGAUUUUGUGUUGAAAGCAGGGAACAUUAACAGUGUAAAGGUACAUACAAUAAAAAUGUCUCAUCCUUACGGAUCAGUUUCAGCACAAGGAAAUUAUGCACGUCGCAGCAAACAUGGGAGCAAAGUUGAUAGUUCUCAAUCUGAAAGUUCACGCACUGAACAUCAUGGUGCUUCAAGAAGCACAGGGCAAAGACAUCCUCCAUGGUUAAAGGGAAAAGAUAUAGGAUUAUAUUACAGAGACAAAGCCAUUAACAAAGCUAAACAAAAGCAACAAUCCAUCUGCAACAUUAAGCUUCCAUCGCAUGUUCAAGAUAAAAUUGAAAAUUUGUUAGAAAGAUCUAAAGGGUAUUAUGAUAAACUACAUAACAAUGAAGCUUGUACAGAAGAUACCAAUACUGCAUUGGAGAAUAAAUAUGUUCAUAUUCAUGAUUCCCAGUUUAAGAGAAAGUUUUUAAAUAUAGUGUCUGGUAAUAUACAAGAGAAUCUUGCCAAAGCUUUACUUGUUAAAUCAAAGUUAGACAAGGAUAAUGAUAUAGAUGAGAAAUUAAUAAAUGAAUAUAAGGCAAAACAGUCUUUGCAAGAAUAUGAGAAUAUGAUGAAAUUUCGAACGAAACUGCCAUCAUAUCAAAAAAGAUCAGAAAUAUUAGAAUUACUUAGAGAAAAUCAAGUUGUUGUAAUAAGUGGAGAGACUGGUUGUGGUAAAACAACACAAAUUGCCCAGUUUAUAUUGGAUGACCAAAUAGAACAAGGCAAUGGUAGUGUUACCAAAAUCAUUUGCACUCAACCUAGAAGAAUAUCAGCUAUAUCUGUUGCUGAAAGAGUUGCUGCUGAAAGAGCAGAAAAACUUGGUAGAUCUGUAGGUUUCCACAUAAGGCUUGAAAAAGUAUUACCCAGAGAUAGAGGAAGUAUAUUAUUUUGUACUACUGGGUUAUUAUUACAAUUCAUGCAAGGUGAUCCAGCUUUAAAAGAAUUCUCUCAUAUUAUUCUGGAUGAAAUUCACGAACGUUCUACAGAUAGUGAUUUCAUUAUUGCUCUAUUAAAAUUAAUUAUUCCAAAGAGGCCGGAUUUGAAAGUUAUUUUAAUGAGCGCGACGCUUAACUCGGACACAUUUUCAAAAUAUUAUAAUGGCUGUCCAAUAAUUCACAUUCCCGGUUUUACUUACCCAGUGGAAGAAUUUUAUUUAGAGGAUGUUUUAUCACUCACAAGAUUUAAGUUUCCUGAAGCACAGCUUCCCCCUCAAGAUCAUAGGAAACACAGUAAAAAAUAUAAAAAAAUGCAGGAGACCACAGAUGAGUUUUUCAGAAUCAUAGAUCCACACAUCCGCAGACUUAUAGCACAAAAAACAUUUCCAAGACACGUGACUGAUCAGUUAAGAAACCCAGAAAGUGAGAAAUUAUCUCUUGAACUUACAGAACAAUUGAUUAGGUAUAUCUGUAGUACAAAAGGUCCAGGAGCUAUUUUAGUUUUUCUUCCUGGUAUGAUGGAUAUAAUAAAAUUACACAGGAUGUUGUUAGAUAGUGUACGAUAUCCUGAUAGUCAAUAUGUUAUUUAUCCUCUUCACUCUCUUAUGCCAACAAUUGAUCAAAAACUCAUAUUCAAAGAACCACCCGAAGGGGUUCGAAAAAUAAUUAUCGCUACUUCUAUCGCUGAAAGUUCUAUAACUAUCGAAGAUAUAGUAUAUGUCAUUGAUUGUGGAAAAACGAAAUUUGGAAAGUUUGAUAUAGAGAAGAAUGUACAAACUUUAGAACCUGAGUGGAUAUCCUUGGCAAAUGCGAAACAAAGAAGAGGUAGAGCAGGCAGAGUAAGACCUGGUUUUUGUUAUCAUUUGUAUUCGAAAGCUAGAGAAAUGACGUUUGAACAGUAUCCAUUACCGGAAAUGUUAAGAACACGAUUAGAGGAAGUUAUUUUACGUAUAAAAAUUUUACAAUUAGGAAAGGCUAGAUCUUUCCUAGACAGUGUUAUGAACCCUCCAAACUGGGAAGCUAUAGAUUUAUCUUUAAAUUUACUCAGGACCCUGAAUGCAUUAGAUAAUGACGAAAAUUUAACACCUUUAGGGUAUCAUUUGGCACAACUGCCAGUUGAUCCACGAACAGGAAAAAUGAUCAUAUGGGCAGCAUUAUUUUCAUGUGUCGAACCAGUAUUUGCAAUCGCAGCGAGUCUAAGUUUCAAACACGCAUUUUACUGUCCUCUAGGGAAAGAGGCAGAAGCAAAGCAAAAGAAACUUGAGCUUAAUAAGGAGCAAUAUAGCGAUCACAUAGCAUUAGCCGAAGCAUUGACGAGAUUCGAAUCUUCGUAUAGAAGGGGAAAUGCUGGUUAUUUUUGUAGAAAUUAUUUUCUUUCUUUUAGUACGCUGAAACUUCUUUCCGAAAUGAAAUCACAAUUUGCUCAACAUUUGUACGAAAUGAAAUUUUUGAACAGUCAAAACCCUAGUGAUCCAAAUGCCAAUAGAAAUUCUCAUAACAUAACUUUGGUAAAAGCAAUAGUAUGCGCCGCAUUAUACCCAAAUGUUGCUGUAAUCAGGGAUGUCACAAAAAAUGGAACGCUUGCAUGGACUCCGGAAGAUGGUCGAGUUACUAUACAUCCUUCUAGUGUAAAUGAUAAAGUCAAGCAAGUUCCUAGUCAGUUUAUUACAUAUUUUACGAAACAGCGAUCAACUGCAGUAUAUUUACAUGACACUACAUGUGUUACCGUUCCGAUUCUUAUAUUUGCUGCUCCGAAUAUCUGUAUAAAAGUAGAAAAAGGAAAUUUCGUUAUCACUUUGCCAAGUUUUCAAACUUUUCCUUGCGAUCAACGAACUGCACAACUCAUUCAGAAACUACAAGAUCAGUUUAAUAAUAUGUUAGAAUAUAAAAUUACACAUCCAGGAACAGUAACCUGGAAUAAUUACGAAGGCGACCUACUAAAUGCGAUUAUAGAUGUGGUCUGCCAAACAAAUGAGAGUAUGGGAUUUUCCAAAUCUAAUGUUCAAGAACAGAGAAAUAAUACGUAUGAUGAUGUUUGAAUAUUAUUUAAUAAUUUAUUUAACAAAUAAUGUAAUUACUAUAAUUAUUGCUUCAGAAUGUAUUGAAACAAAUUCAUAAAUUGAACUUUCUGUUAAUUUUCUAAUGAAAUUGAUGUGAAAGACCAUUAAAUAACAAUUCAUUGACUAUGGUUUUAUUAUAAUACUAAAUAGAUGAAAUUAAAUAAAGAAAUAGGAUUAUUACCAAGUGUGUAAUAUAAAAAAGAAUAAAGUUUUAUAGACAAAGUAACUAAAAAUAGUAUGAUGAUUAAAUUUAUAUCAAAUCCUGUUGCACAGUGAGAUAAAUUGGGCAAGGUAUAAGAAUCAUAAUGUUACCUGACUGAAUGUUAUUUUAUUCGGACAUCGAUUGCCCAUUUAAAUACCUGUAUCCACCACUACCGAUGGAACUAUUAUCAGUCGUUACUGUUCACUAAUCUGUAUCAAAGAAAAGCAGGAAGUUUCAGUAAGACAAAAGAUUCGGAAUUUCGAGAAUAAGCCUCCCCACUGUUGUGGACGCGUAUUCGCGCGUCGUCAGUAAAAAUGAGCCUGGGGUCUGGCACGAGCUGAUAGCCACCGCGAAGAGAAGUAAAUAGGGAAAGAGAGGGGGGGGAGAGGGCAGAGAACGAGAACAAGCGAGUAAAAGAGAGGGUGGAUAUAGGAGGGACGUGAUCCGACAAAACACGAGCGAUGCUCGUAGCGUUCGAUUCAGUCUGCAUCCGACCGCCGCGAGUGUCGCGUCGUGAAGUUGUGCUUGAACUUCGGGGGGGAACACGAGACUCCGAUACAAGAGAGUCAGUUGUGCGAGUGCGCGUGAUACGACACCACGGUUCCUUAUCCCGUAUCUAGCGUACACCCUUGUUUUUUUUUCCGUAUCUUUUCGUUUCUUCCUUUUCGACUCGUGCUCGCGAACGGGAGAGGGAGAGAGAAAAAAAAAAUCAGUGAAAAAUCGGAGCCGCGUACGAUUGGUGUUAGAGAGAGAAAGAGAGAAAGAGAGAGAGAGAGCGGGUCACUGAACGACCGCACAAAGGUAAGGAAGAGGGAGAACGAAAAAUAAAAGAGGGACAGAGAGGGAUUUUCGUCGCGACGUAUACAUACAUACGUAUAUACACGUGCGAACCCGAGGAGAGACGUGAAUACGCGCGUGCGCACCCGCGUAUAUAUCGCACACACGCGGACACGUACAUUUCCACAUAUACAUCUACACAUACACGGACGAAAGAGAAAGACAACGACGACACGGCGCAGGAAAAGAGGGAAGAGAGCCAGUGACACCGGGAGGGUCGGGUGUUCCUCGUGCAAAACCGCCACCGGAAUAUAUGUCGUGAAUGUGUACGGCCAAAGAUCCGCGGAUAGAGACCGGCGAUAGUGCGUGCAGGGCUUUAAGGAGCGAAAAAAAAAAAAGGCAAAGACGACUCCG